GAAAUGUAUAGUUUCUAAAUAUAGACAACUACAAGUUCUUUAAUACCAACUCAUGCAUAACUUUAGUUUUGAAGGGAGUAGGGAGGCUUGAUAGAAAAACUUCUGGUCUUGCCCUGCAUUUGAAGUACAUAAAAUGGUAUUAAGAGUGACUGUUAUCUUACAACCAUUUCUGAUAUCCCACUGCUUUUUUUAAUACCUAGUACCAAAUGUAGAGCUGCCAUCCCUCCGUUCAGAGAGGUUUCGCUCCGGACCACCUGGUGAAGAGACUCAAGUAGCGAGCCAGUUCAUUGCAGAUGUGACUGAAAAUUCACAGAUGAUAGUGAAAGAACAUCUAUGUAUUGCAAAUGGCAAGUUUGCUUGGGUGUUAUACUGUGAUAUCAUAUGUCUGGACUAUGAUGGAAACCUUUUGGAUGCCAGUCUCUUUGCUUUGUUAGCAGCAUUAAAAAAUGUACAACUGCCAUCAGUUAUUAUAAACGAAGAAACUGGUUUAUCAGAAGGGAAUUUAAAACAGAAGACUCCUUUGAUUAUCAGAAAGCAUCCAAUUGCCACAUCAUUUGCUAUAUUUGAUGACACAUUACUCAUUGUUGAUCCAACUGCUGAAGAAGAAGAUUUAGCAACUGGAACAGUAACUAUUCACACUGAUGAAGAAGGUAGACUAUGUUCUGUCCAUAAACCAGGUGGAAGUCCUCUUACAGAAGCCAAGCUUCAGGACUGUAUCACCAGAGCAAUUACAAGACACAAAGAAGUAAAGAAGCCAAUAGACAAAGUAAUAAAAAGUAUAAUGCCCAAGUGAACAAAAGGACAGAGCUUUUCAAAAAUGGAUUUGUAAAAAUGUAUUUGUUACAGUGUUCACAAACCUUUUACACUAAAUAAACAAAUACCAGUACUACCUUUACAAA